AUGACCUUCAAAUAUGAGCUCCUAUCGCAGCCUUCGGCGCGCAGGCCACCCUCGCUCCUACAUCGGUAUAGAUUCGUCAUCAUGCUGGUUACGGUACUGGCUUUGGUGUACUUGACGACGGUGUGUUCUGGGAGGGCGCUGCCGUUCAAUGUGGCGAAGAAGAGUAGGUGGGAGCCGCUGAGGUUUGAUGAGGAUGGGAAUUUCCAGCUAGCGAUAUUUGAGGAUUUGCAUUUUGGCGAGAAUGCCUGGGACUCCUGGGGCCCACAACAAGACCUCAACUCAGUCCGCGUCCUAAACGAUGUCCUCGCCGCAGAGACUCAACACCUCGUCAUCCUCAACGGCGACCUCAUCACAGGGGAGAACCAAUACAAAUUCAACGCCACCUCCAAAAUUGACCAGAUCGUUGCCCCUAUCGUGCAGAGAAACCUCCCCUGGGCCUCAACCUACGGCAACCAUGACAGCGACUUCAACCUCUCCCGCUCCGACAUUCUAGCCCGCGAACAGUGCUACCCCAACGCCCUGACGCGCUCCGAUGUGAAUGCCCCGAAUGCUGGCGUGAGUAAUUACUACCUCCCUGUCUACCCUCACAACGGUGGGAAUGUUCCAUGCCUCAUCCUUUGGUCCUUUGACUCUCGCGGCGGAUUCCUUUACCAACAACGCAAUGCCACAGGCGCCAAAGUCGGCCAGCCUAACUGGGUAGAUCAAAGCGUCGUCGACUGGUUCAAAACUACCAACAAGCGCCUCACAACCCGAUACAACGCUACGAUCCCCAGCCUGGCAUUCGUCCAUAUUCCCACAAACGCCUCCCAAGCCCUCCAGACACAGGCAGGCGUCAAUCCAUACUACCAACCCGGAAUAAACGACGACUACCCCCUCGCGCAACAAGCACAAGGCUACUGUCCCAACGGCACGAACGACGGGACCUGCGACUACGGUGGUCAGGACGUACCAUUCAUGGACGCGAUCACUUCCACCCCCGGCCUCCUCGCCCUUUUCAGCGGCCAUGACCACGGCGACACAUGGUGCUACAAAUGGAACCACCUCCUCCCCGGCAUGUCCAUCAAAGGAAACGGCGUGAACAUCUGCUUCGGCCAGCAUUCAGGCUAUGGGGGUUAUGGGAGUUGGACGAGGGGGGCGAGACAGGUUCGCGUGAGUGAAGAGGGGCUGAGGGAGGGGAAGGUGGAGACGUGGAUAAGGCUGGAGACGGGGGGUGUCGUUGGGAGUGUUGAGCUAAAUGCGACGUAUGGUGAGGAUAGGUAUCCGGCUACGCUGAAUACGAAUAGUUCGUGUGGGAGCUGUAAUUAUUCGAGGGUUACGCCCAUGCCGGGGACGGGGUGA